AUGGCAUUUAAUCAAAUGAGAUCAUCAGGAUCAACAACAGAUUUAAAUAGAUUGAAUAGUAGUAGUAUUAGUGGUGGUGGUAAUAUUAAUAUUAGUAAUGGAGGAUAUGGUAAUCAACAACUUAAUGCAAUACUAUCACCAAUCAAAUCAUCAUCACUAUCAUCUAUGAGUAAUAGCAGUAGUUAUUCAAAUUUAAAUACAUUAUCAAGCUCAAAAUCAUUUAAUUCAUUAACAUUAAUUGAAAAUCAAAAUGAUACCACAACAACAACAUCAACCAAUAAUGGUGCCAUCUCUGAACAAUAUCAACAAUUAUUAUCAAUGAUACCAAAAUAUCAAACAAAACAAUAUGAAUCUGAUGUUAAAAUAUUAUUUGAAAGAAAUACACCAGAACAAAUGAAACAAAUGGAGUUUAAAAAAAGAUCAGAGAUUGAAGAUAUGAAAUCACAAUUACGUAAUCUCAUUGGUAAUAAAUAUCGUGACUUGGUCGAAGGUUCUGAUGCAAUAGUUAAAAUGAAAAAAUCAACUGAACUAAUCUCUGACAAUUUAUCAUUAAUGCAAUCUGAAUUAAAACAAUUUAGUGAAAAAAGAAAUCAUUUUAGAAAAGGUGUUUCUCAAGAUAAUUUAAAAUUAAAUAAAGAAAAAGAAAUUCAAAAGAAAAUAUCAAUCUUUUCAAAAUAUUGUAAAUUUUUAAUUGAUAUACCAGAAGUUAUUUGGAGAUCAUUAGAUAGUAAUGAUUAUUUUGAAGUUUGUGUUUUCUUUUUAAAAUCAAAAUAUUUAUAUUCAAAAAUAACAAAUGAAAAUAAUUUAGAAAUUAAAAGAUUAUUAUCAAAAUUAACAAUAAUUGAAAAACAAUGGAUUUCAAUGAAACAAUUUCCAAUUAAAACUAUUGGUUAUUCAAAAUUAUUUUUAAAUGAAAGUACAAGCAGAAUUAUUGGUACACCAAUUGAAAAGUAUAUAGGAUCAUUAUCAACAUUAAUAUUAUUUGAAAAGAAAUCUAUAAAGGAAACAUUUAAUGAAUUUCUAUUAUCAAGAAGAUCAGUAUUAUUCAAUUCAAUACUAUCUAAAGAUACCAAUAGACCAAUCCAACAAACUAUUGAAAAAAUGUUUCAAUUUUUAAAAAUGUCAAUUUAUUAUAUUAUGGUAUUAUUUUAUCCAAGAAAAUAUCAAACUAAUAAUAAUAAUAAUAAUGAUCAACCUGAAGAAGAAGAACAAGAUGAUGAAAAAUUAAUUUCAAAUGAUUAUCAAUCAAAAAUUUCAAAAUUUAAAUCAAAUUUACAACAAUAUACAAGUUCAUUAUCAUCAAUGAGCUCAACAACAACAACAACAAAUUCACCAACUUUUGAAUCAAAAAUGAUAAAUAAACCAGUUAGCGAAAAAGAAUUGAAUCAAUUACCAACAUUAAAUUUUACAUCAUCAAUUUUAGAAUCAACAUUUAAUUGGAGAUCACCAUAUUUAAAGGAAUGUUUGAAAUUUUAUAAAGAUGUUUCAAAUGGUGAAUUAUCAAUUAAUAGUAGUGGUAGUCAACAAGGUGAUGAUUAUCAGGAUAUUAACACCAAUAAUAAUAAUAGCAAUAACAAUAAUAGUGGAAUAGAUUCACAAGAUAUAGAAUAUAGUUUAAUAGAAUUUGAUAACUUUAAUUCAAACUUUAUUUUUAAACGUACCUCUGAAUGGAUUGAAGAGAUUAUCGAAGAUUUUAAAUUAAAUUUAGUUCAAAAGUUUUUAAUAGAUAUAAAAUCUGCAAAAGAAUUAUCUUCAUUAAGAUCUGAAAUUUUCGACUUUAUUUUAGAUUUUAAAAAUAUUGUACCAUUUAUUCAACCACCUCAAACAAAUUCUUUAUCUUCAUCAAAUUCUUCAAUUAAUUCAAUAGCCUCACCAUCAGUAUCAUUAACAUCUUCAACAUCUUCACCAAUAAUAGCAACAACAAAAGCGACAGUAUUAACAACCCCAACCCCAACCCCAACCCCAACCCCAACAACACCAAUAUCAUGGAAUAGAAUGUUUUCAAUAAUUUGUGGUAAAGAUAUGAAAUAUUUUUUAAAUAUUUUUGAAGAUAUAUUUUUAGUUAAAUCAGAAUCAAUCAUUAUGGAUUCAUUCUCAAGGAUUAAUUUAUCAAAAAUUCAAUCAGAUAUAUUUAGUCAAAUUAAAUCUGAAGAUAAAAACUUUUCUGAAUUCUUAUGGUUCUAUAAUCAAGAUGAUCCAAUUCAAUCAAUUAAAAAUAAAACAAAUGGCAUAACACCUUCAAAUGAAUUAUUCUUAACUAAAAUUAAUCAACUUUAUAAUAAUAUUAAAUCUGAUUUCAUUUAUUUAUUAAAUGAUAAUAAUAUUAAUAAUAUUAAUAUUAAUAAUAAUAAUAAUAAUAAUAAUAAUAAUAAUAAUAAUAAUAAUAAUAAUAGAUCAAUGAUAAUCACCUCACAACCAAAGAAUCUUAUAAAAAUUAAUGAAAUUUUAAUUAAAGAAUAUAUGAAAAAAUCAUUUUAUAAAUCUUUAAAUGAAUUUACAACAUCAACACAAGAUAGAAUUGAUCAAUUAAUAUUAUUGAAUAAGAAUAAAACAACUAGUGGUACCACCACUAGCACUAAUUUAAAGAAGGAUGAAAUUUUAUUCAUUUCAAAACUUUCAAAAAUAUUUUAUAAACAUAUUGUUAAUAAUCCAAAUCUUUAUUUUUUAAAUUCAUUAAAUAUAUUCGAUACAACAAAUAUUUCAAAUUGUUCAACUUCUUUUUCCAAAUCAAAUUCAAUUAAUAUUUUAGAUACAAUUUCUUCACCACCACAACCACCACCAUCACCAACUCAUUCUUCUCCAUCAAUUCAAAGACAUACUAAUAACAAUAAUAAUAAUAAUAACAAUAAUAAUAAUACAAGUCCAAUAAUAAAUAAUAAUAAUAAUAAUAGUGAAAUCUUAAAAGAAUCAUUACCAAUUAUUGAUAAAUUAAAACAACAAUUUUAUUAUGGUUGUAUAGUUUGGGUUAAUGAAUUUGUUGGUGAUUAUUCACAAAUAUUAAAACAAGAUUUAUUCAAUCAUGAUUGGAAUGAUAGUGAUAGAAUAAAAACAUGGGAGAAACAUAUCAUUCAAAUUGAAUCAAAUGGUCAUAAUCAUAAUAAUGAUGCUAAUGAUGGUGGUGGUGAUGAUGAUGCUACUGUAAAUGGUGUAAAUGAACAUUCAACUAUCAUCUAUAUACCAUAUCAAACUUCACCUUUCAUCACAUCGUAUCUAAUGUCAAUUUCAUUAGAGAUUAGUAAAUUCAGUUUAAAUACAAUCGAUAAGAAUAUACUUAGAUUCAUAAUUGAAUCAAUAACUUUAAAUUUAUUUAAUAUAGUUAAUGAUUUAUUAUCAACAAGCUCAACUUCAACCACAGCCUCAACUUCUAAUUUAACCUCUAACAACACCACCACCACUAUUAAAUUCAAUAAGGAAGGUUAUAUUCAAUUACUUAUAGAUUUGAAAUAUAUAGGUUUCAUUUUAUUUGGUAGAGAAUUAAAUAGUAGUUCAUCAAAGAAACCAACUUCACAACCAACUUCAAAUGUUAUAAUAAAAGAUUCAAUCUUUAAAAAAGCUAAAUCUCAUUAUCAAUCAAUAAUUUCAACAAAGAAUAAUGUCGAUGAAAAUAUUGAACUACAAAAACAACAACAACAACAACAACAACAACAACAACAACAACAACAACAACAACAACAACAACAACAACAACAACAACAACAACAACAACAGCAACAAGAACAAUUAUCAAAUAAUAUAGUUUAUACAUUUAAUCAAAUUAUUGAAUUGGUUGAAAAGAAUUUAGAUCCAAUCGAUUUAGCAUUUUAUAAUUCUUAUAUUGUUAAAUUUAUUGAUCAAACUUAUUCAAAGACAUUAACAUUAUUUGGUAACUUUGUUUAUCUUCACAAGUCAAUUGUUAAACCUGAAAAGAAACAAUCUAUCAAUGGUGGUCAGCAAUCACCUCCUUUAGCUACUACUAGUAGUAAUGGUAUUAGUGGUGGUAAAGGUAUUCAACAACAACAACAACAGCAAUCUGAUUUACCAAAUCCAAUGCAACUAUUGAAAACCAAUACUAAAUUCCAAUUAUUCUCAAUUGAUACAAUACAAACUAUUACUGAUGCAAUUGCAACUGCUCCAACAACUAUACCUUCAUCAACCUCAAAUUCAAUUCAAUCCUCUGCAAAUAAUAGUGCUAUUGCUUCUCCAAUUUCAACUAUUGAUUAUAGAAAUCAGCAACAACAACAGCAAAAUAAUACAAAUCAACAAUCUUUACCUUCAAUUUUAUCUCCGACAUCCGCUUCGUCCACAAUCAAUACAUUUUCAUUCAUGGGUAAAAAGAUUUCCGAUUUAAUGUAUAACACAACUAAAAAAUAA